AGUGGAAAAAAGAGGAUGCUCUUGGAUAUGCUGAUUACCCUGAGUUUCCUUCCAUAUUCUGAUACUUUGCCAGUUUUUUCAUGCAAAUUCGUUAGGCAACUUGGGCAUCCACUUUCUCAUGAGAAAAGGAGGUACCACCACGGGCUUAUAAUAACAUAUAUAACAAAGAAAGGAUCCUUUGACAGCGAGCUGCUGACUGCUGAGAGGAAGUCCUGCGGAGGAGAGAAGCCGAGGCCUGCAGCGGUGCGCAAGGAUCAGUUCGACAACUUAGACAAGCAUACUCAGUGGGGCAUUGACUUCUUGGAGAAAUAUGCAAAAUUUGUAAAAGAAAGGAUAGAAAUUGAGCAAAACUAUGCAAAGCAACUGAGAAAUCUGGUUAAGAAGUACUGUCCUAAACGUUCAUCCAAAGAUGAGGAACCCAGGUUUACUUCAUGUAUUGCCUUCUUUAACAUCCUUAACGAGCUGAAUGACUAUGCAGGACAACGUGAAGUCGUUGCAGAAGAAAUGGGACACAGAGUCUAUGGAGAAUUAAUGAGAUACUCACAUGAUCUAAAAACUGAGAGAAAAAUGCAUCUUCAGGAAGGACGAAAGGCUCAACAAUAUCUGGACAUGUGCUGGAAACAGAUGGAUAAUAGUAAAAAGAAAUUUGAGAGAGAAUGCAGAGAGGCAGAGAAGGCGCAGCAAAGCUACGAAAGACUGGACAACGACACUAAUGCGACAAAGGCUGAUGUUGAAAAGGCUAAGCAACAGUUAAACCUGCGUACACACAUGGCUGAUGAAAACAAAAAUGAAUAUGCUGCACAACUACAGAAUUUUAAUGGUGAACAGCACAAACACUACUACAUUGUCAUUCCUCAGAUUUACAAGCAACUUCAAGAAAUGGAUGAAAGAAGGACUAUCAAACUUAGUGAAUGUUACAAAGGCUUUGCUGACUCUGAGCGCAAGGUUAUUCCAAUCAUCUCCAAAUGCUUAGAGGGGAUGAUCCUUGCAGCAAAAUCAGUUGAUGAACAUAGAGACUCCCAGCUAGUGAUAGACUGCUUCAAAUCUGGUUUUGAACCUCCUGGAGAUUUUCCAUUUGAAGACUACAGUCAGAAUAUUUACAGAACUAUCUCUGAUGGAACCAUCAGUACACCAAAGCAGGAAGGAAUGAGAAUCGAUUCAAAAACUACAGUGGGCAAGGCAAAAGGAAAGCUGUGGCUAUUUGGAAAAAAGCCAAAGCCACAGUCCCCACCCCUAACCCCUACUAGUUUAUACAUAUCCAGUACUCCUAAUGGGUCCCAGUAUCCCAUAUUCUCCAUUGAACCAGUGCAUUAUUGCAUGAGUGACAUAAAAACAGGGAAGCCCAGAAUUCCUUCUUUCAGAAGCCUCAAAAGAGGGUGGUCGGUGAAGACGGGCCCUGCACUGGAAGACUUCAGCCACCUUCCUCCAGAACAGAGACGCAAGAAACUUCAGCAGAGAAUUGAUGAACUCAACAGAGAACUACAGAAGGAAACUGACCAAAAAGAUGCCCUCAUCAAGAUGAGAGAUGUUUAUGAAAAAAAUCCCCAGAUGGGUGAUCCAAGCAGUUUACAGCCAAAGUUAGCUGAGACAAUGAGCAACAUGGACCGCCUGCGGAUGGAAAUACACAAGAAUGAGGCCUGGCUCUCUGAAGUUGAAGGAAAAGUAGCAGCCAGAACUGACAGGCGACACAGCAGUGAUAUCAACCACCUUGUAACACAGGGCAGAGAGAGCCCUGAAGGGAGUUACACAGAUGAUGCGAAUCAGGAAGUCCGAGGCCCACCACAGCAGCACGCGCAUCCAAAUGAGUUUGACGAUGAGUUUGAAGAUGAUGAUCCAUUACCAGCUAUUGGACAUUGCAAGGCAAUAUAUCCUUUUGAUGGUCAUAAUGAAGGCACUCUGGCAAUGAAAGAAGGGGAAAUUUUGUACAUUAUUGAGGAGGACAAAGGAGAUGGGUGGACAAGAGCUCGAAGACAAAAUGGAGAGGAAGGCUAUGUACCAACAUCUUAUAUAGAUGUAACGCUAGAGAAAAACAGCAAAGGUGCAGUAACCUAUAUCUAACAGUAAAUUGGCAACUUUCAAGUGUACGUUUUCCAGGGAAAAUAGUGGAAAAAUAGUAAGUCAGGCAGGUUCAUGGAAAGCAUGAGAAUAACAGAAGUCAGGAAUGGCCUAUUGUUUGCAAUGUGAGUUUGCUGUAGCUUUUCUAGAGAUAACAGCAUUAAAUUGGUCCAUAAUUCUGGCUAAUGCUUUCUGCUUUGUUCACUGAUAAAAUGUUCCUGCUCUACAAAGCACUAAAUCCAAUUCAGCUAUAAAAUGGAGAAAGACCAGGAUUCCUGCUUGUUCUGUACAAUACUUUGUCUUUACAGAGAACUGAAAAAUUACUUUAGUUUUGAAGACCACUCAGAUACACUGUUCACUUCCCUGACUUAAACCUAUAUGCUUAAACGAGUGUUUUAUUCCUCUACUAACUGAAUUCAGUUACUGAAAAUUAUUAUUUCCUUUCUUAGCAAAUAGUUGGCAUCUUUCGCUUCUUAAACAGGAAGAUCUUUUCUGAAUCAAAAAGCUCAACAAAAUUACUCAGGAAGAAAACAGUAUGAUUAAAAAGGACAGAAGGUCCACUGACCUGCCUCUCCUUCCCUUGCUGUAGCUCUCAUGUAGAACGUUGUGUAUGGGACACAACUGCAUUGUUUUAACUAUACACACCUUGAACCAGAAAAAAAUCCAACAACAACAAAAGCCACAUUUAAUUAAUUCUUGGUGUUUUACUCAAUUUUAACCUCCAUUUGCUCCUGAAAAGGGAACGAUUUUAGAUUCUUAAUCUGUGCCUGUAAGUUGUCUUUGAAUUAUAUCAUGUUUAGUUUGAAAUCAAGGUUUUUCUUUUUUAAACUAAUUCUGUUCCCCUCACUGUUAAAUCAUUGAGGCUUGGAAACUGCAUUGCACUACUUGAUUUCAUCUAGAAACUAUUGCUGGUAUUUCUAAUGUGAAUUUAUGAGAGUAAUACAAAGCUAUUGUACAGCCACUGAGAAUGGCCUGUUAGAACUGAGCACGCUUCCCUGUCUUCUAAAGGCCCUCAGUAACUUUGUUCUUUUCUUUUUCCUCUUGGACUGCAGGUUCCUGAAGCGGGUUUCUGAGAAAAUGGGCGAGAUCUUGAAGGAGGUUACAUGCAGCUGCUUGGGGCGGGGGGUGGGAGGGAGGUGUUAGACUGGGAUGCCCAUUGAACAAGGGGAAAAGCUAGUUGCAUGAAUGCAUGCAGACAUACAUUUAGUCACUAACAUUCUUAGCAUUUCCAUACGUAACUAAGGAUGUAUUACAAAUUCUUAAAUUUGUGCAGGAAAAUAGGAUUCCAUUACCAGAGUAAAAAGGCAUCUCUUCCUAAAACUGCAUUAUUUUCAUUGUCAUAGGUGGUCAAAGAGGCCCGUACUAUAUUUUAGCUCAUGCUACAUUCUGGUUGGUUUGGUUAUACUCUUUCCUACUCAUUUUAAACGGCAGUCAUUUAGAACCGUGUCAGCUACCAGUCUGCCUGCACCACCUCCAUGCUCGCCCUUAACCUCCUCUUGCAUGCCUAGGACAGUCAGGCAUAUCUGCAUAACGCUUGUUUGACAUCAUUGCUUCUCUUAUUUUGUAACAAAUCAUUCUCUUUAAAUACCUUCAGUACUAGAGUUUCAUCCAGUAUCCAUGUAUGCUGCUAUAACUUUUCCACUACAACCAUCAUUACAUUCCAGUUUUUAGCAUAACCGGUAAGAGACCGUAAUGUAUUUAUGUUAUGUUGAUUCGGGGAAAUAAUACAUCCCAGCUCUAACCUACAAUGCAGUCAAGAGAAACUUCUAGACCUGUGGUCCAUCUUCAGCACUUCAGUAACCUACUGUCAGCACUGAAAACCUGGAACACCGCCAGAGAGAUUCACCACUGCGAGCUAAUGACUGUUUUCAGAAGUCAACCACUUGCCAUUCUACUGCUGCCUUAAACUAUAGUGCCUAAAUCUGUUGUUGCCAACACUACCACUUACAGUAUCUCACGAAGGGCUUUGUGUCUCAGCUCUUUCCACAGUGCUGCAGCUGCUGAGGUAGACAUGGUAGGUGUUUUGUAGAGCUCUACUUUACAGGAUACAUGGUGCAUCAUGAAUUUUAUACAUUGGGAUGUGUAUCUCUUAAUUUGAUUUUAAUAUUUUUAAAACUAUUUUUAUGGAAACUCUUUUAGUUUUUUGACUAUGAAGUUCCAAUUUUAAUUAAAUUACUGCAGUGCUAGUCCGUUUCUAGGUGAUGCUUCAUUGUAUGGACCAGUUGAAAUUUGAGUGAUACUUCGUAAUGAUCUAUGUGCACUUUUACUUGUAAACAAUUGAGAUUUGGAUAUGUUUAUACGUGUAAAUAUAGUUGUCUGCAGUGCCCCUGUUGCUUUAUGUUGUCUUGCCUCCCAUUUGUGGUUCUAUUAAUAAAUACAUCAUAUCUGAUCUACUAGGGUGAUAAUAAUUAGAUUAGAGGUUUUGGGCGGGGGGGGAUAUUUGCAUCAAACAAAGCUCGUCUACCCAGCCAACUGCUGUUUGGGAAAUAAUAAUCAAAACAUCCUGUUUUUGUGGGGUCUCAAGCAAUAUUUGGAUGGAGAAGUGCUGGAUUCUUUUUAAUUUCAGUGUUAUUAGGAACUGUACUACCAGUAAAACUGAAUUUGAGUGACUUGUGUAGAGGUUUAUUCAUUUUUUACCAUUAUUACACAGCUUGACCUAGUGUAUUAUGGGGGCUAUUAAAUGCUAAAGUUUAGAUUUUUGGAGCUUGUAUACAGGGUUAUUUAUAUUAUAAUGUGACAAUACUCAAUACUGACAAAACUAUUUACGUAGGUUUUUUUUUUUUGAAUAGUACUUUUUUCAUUUUAAAACUAGAGGAAAGGAAGAAAUGUGAUCUGUGUAUUUUCUGCUAAAGGGCCUGUGGUUUGCCUGGCUAACAGCCAUGCAGGUCAGUAAUAACACUUCCUGGGAAAGGACAAAAUGUUCUAUUUACACUACUGUUUGUUUUUCUAAAACCAGGAUUUGCUUCCAUUGAAGGCAGGUUGCUUUCACUAGGGAUAGUGCAACUUGUGGGAGGGUUAUUAAGCAUAGGAAAAAAUACAUCUGUCCUUGCAUAGCUAGUUAUAAAUCACUUAUUCUAAAAUUCUGAAUGUGAGGUGUCUAAAAGACUUGCCUUUUCCAGUAAUUUUUAAUCUUCUGUUUGUGCACAUGUUGAUUUCCUAAAUGUUAAAUGCUUUGUUUAAAGAUAGUGUUCUCUGUUGAGAGUAUUUUCAUGGAAUAAAAAGAUCUUUUCAUGGUUUAAAAAA